GUAAAACUUUAAAUUCAGAAAUGGUAUCUCCCAUUGGGAGUUAGAAAAAGAAAAAGAAAAAAAUAGCCUGCAGUGCUUUAGAGUUUUGGCUUUCCACAGUCGCUUUUUGUCCUUCUUCCUCAACCUUUAUACCUCAAGAACUGAUGAACCAAACGGAUUGAUUGAAGAAGGGAGGGGGUGUCUAUAGUUAGUUUACCUAUCUAUCUCUUCAAUCUAAUGUUUCCUUCUUUAGACACCAGUGGCUAUGACCUCUUUGAUCCCUUCAAUCCCCAUCAAGCAACCAUGCUUCCUUUUUUCACUACUCCCAUACAAAGCCCUAGUUCUCACCAUCACUACCCUUUGUCUUCUUUUCCUUUCUCUUCAGAUUUUCUUGAUGAAUCUGUCCUGAUAAGCUCAUUCUUGUUAGCGCAGCAAGAUGCAGCAACACAUGUUGCUGAUUGUCCGAGAAAAUUAUGCAAAAAGCUUGAGGACAAGUGCGUUGGUGGAACCACCUUAGAAAAGGUUCCACGGAGAAGAACGGGAAAGAAAAGGGACAGGCAUAGUAAGAUCUGUACCGCUCAAGGUCCUAGAGACCGUAGGAUGAGACUGUCUCAACAGAUUGCUCGUAAAUUCUUCAAUCUUCAAGACAUGUUGGGCUUCGACAAGGCGAGCAAGACGAUCGAGUGGCUUAUCUCUCAAUCAAAGGCUUCCAUAAGAAAAGUGAAAGAAAGUGUAGAUGCAUCAGGAGGAGGAGAAGGAGACGAUGAGCAUCUUCAGGAUAAUGAAAAGGCAAAGGAGGAGACAAUGAAAGUCUCAAGGAGAAGAACAAAGACGGUGGAGAACUCUUGUAAGAAGAAAGAGUCAAGAGAGAAAGCUAGAGAACGAGCAAGAGAGAGAACAUUGACGAAGAUGAAGAUGAGAAUAUCAGGACUAAUUGAUACCUCAAAAAUAUUUUCAGAUCCUAUUCAAGAAUCACAAAAGAUUGAGUUAACCGGUGGUGCCCAAGUAGAAGGGAAAAGCCCAGAACAAGAAAGUAGUACAACUAAUGUGAACAUGGUUGAGUAUCAAAUGGAUUCUGUAAGAACUAUAGAGAAGUUUCUUGGACUAAACAGUGACGCUAGCUCUUCUUCCAUCUUUGGAGACUCCGAGGAAUCUUACGCAAGUCUAUCUCAAUUAGAGGUACUGCUUCAGAAGCAGGAAUGGUGAUACCAACGGAGCAUAACACAACUUCAACAGCAUGAGUAGAUGAGGAGAGAAACCGUAUUUCAUCUUCUUCCUAUGCGAUUAUCUCUGCUACUGAUCAUCAUGACAAUGCUCUAUUCUUAUGUGGUACUGGGAGUUUCUGUAUGCAUCAACAUAAGAAACUCAUAUAUAUGUAGACAUUUGUGUGUGUGGAGUUGGUCUGCUAAUUAGUUUGAAGCUCUUGAC